UUCGUGCUGUUCACAUAUAAAACUUCGUGUCGCUCUCCCGCUCUUCUCUCCGGUCUUCCAAGCUCCGGUCGUGAAUUUCGCGUGCUCUUCGGAUCGGAAUCCGAAUCCGGAGAACGGAAUCCGGACUCGGAAAACAACAAAAACAACAACAAACCGUAGCUUAAAUUGCAGAAACUAAGCCAAAAAACAAUUUUCGCGGCACAAUUUGAUAUUUAGAUAAAUUAAAUAAUUCAUGCCGCCGGCGACUGAACGAGUAGUGUGUGCUAUCAUCAUCUCACAGGAAUUGGCCUAAAAUAUACAUUUCUAUAACAGGUAGUAAUAAUAGCAAUUAAAAGAGUGAAAUUCUAUAAUCGGAAAUGGCCAAUGCAAUGCGAUUACUAAUUGGAUUUAUGCUGAAUUUGGCAGCACUAACAGCUGUCGUCUUGGGCAAUCACCAUGAGAGCCUUUCGCUGAGUCCGGCAGAGCAUAGCGUGGUGCGGUACACAAACGAAUCGCUCAUCGUCCAGUGCCGGAGUCCCAAUCCGGAUGUGAGGCUGCAAUGGAAAUCGCCGCGAGGCGAAAUUAUACGCGAGAACAAAGGACGCAUUCACUUUGAGCAAACAUCGCCAGAACAAUUGAAAAUCGUUUUCGCCCACAUCGCACUGGCCGACAAGGGCAAUUGGACCUGCGAAGCUGCUGAGGGCGGUCUGCAUAGUAAAUCCUUCGAUUUGAUUGUGUACCAGAAAAUUACGUUCACGGAAAAUGCCACCGUGAUGACCGUUAAGGAGGGCGACAAGGCCACCAUUCUGUGCGAGGUAAAGGGCGAGCCCCAGCCGAAUGUCACCUGGCAUUUCAACGGACAGCCCAUCAGCGCCGGAGCGGCCGAUGACUCCAAGUUCCGCAUCCUGGCCGAUGGUUUGCUCAUCAACAAGGUAACACAGAAUGACACCGGCGAGUACGCGUGCCGGGCAUACCAAGUCAACUCCAUCGCCUCUGAUAUGCAGGAGCGCACCGUUUUGAUGAAAAUCGAACACAAGCCCAUUUGGUCGCCGUCCCCUUUUGUAAGCCUCAAGUACGCCUAUAUCAAUGGCACUGCCACGAUCAUGUGCGAGGCUCAGGCAGAGCCGCCGGCCAACUUCUCGUGGCACCGGAAGCAGAAGCAUCUGCACAGCAACCAGAAGCUGUACACCAUCGAGACGGAUAACUACUGGUCCCGACUUACCAUCCGCGUGGUAAAUGCCAGCGCCUUUGACAACUAUAGAUGCCGGGCCUGGAAUGAUCUGGGCAGCAUUGAGCGAACCACGCGCCUGGAGCAGGGCGAGAAGCCACCAGCUCCUAGUAACUUCAAGCUGCGCGGCUUCAACUCGAACACCUUCGAUGUGGUACUCAGUGCGCCGCGCGGCAAGGAGGAUCGUGGCCUUAUGGAGGUCAAUGGAUUCCGCAUCGAGUACAUGACCGAGAUGGAGUUCAAGACGGACGCUGGAAAGUGGACCUAUGCCAAGAGGAAGGACUAUCCCUUCGAAGAAGGUGCAACCUUCCUGCUUACCAAUCUGGAGCCGGACACGGACUACCUGGUGAGGGCUGCCUCCCGCAACCUGGCUGGUUUCAGUGAUUGGACCAGGGUGGAGAAGUACAGGACGCUGUCCCUAGAACCCCGCGCCUCUGCGGGAGUCCUGCAGCCUGCAAUCGUGAUCCUGGCCGUAGUAGCCCUAUGCCAGGUACUGCGUCCGAGCCUUGUGUGAAUCUGAAUCUGCGGGCGGAUGACGGAUAACGGAGAAAUAGGAUGACGCAGGACCUUUGCCCCAUGUGCUUUGUAUAGCUUUAAGGCGUGUCCAAGGGGACACUACUUUUCUGUCUGAUUUGCUUGGUCGGGUUAACUCUUAAAACCUAAAACAGUUUUACGUUUAAGUUUAGUUCAGGUUUCUGUUUAGCUUGGAUAUUUAUGGAAAAAGCAUAUAGGAUUAUUUAUACAUAUAUAUUAUAUAUUUAAAAAAAAUCCUCAUAGCGUUUAAAAGAAGUAAAGGUUCAAACACUCGUAUAAUUAUUCAAAUUGAAAGUUUUGCUCAACUUUCCUACAGUCUGUGCAAAGUCCUAAUGAGUUCGCUUUAGUUCCCCUGCUGAGCUUGAGCCUUGAAUCUGAAUAGAGAUUUUGUUGCCAAAUCUUUAAGAUAUAUGUAAUCACAUAGUUGCCAAAAAUACUAUUAAAUGAUAAACAAACUUUCGCUCUGAAAGAGCAAAUAACUAAAACGUAACCAUUUUUCCCUUUAAUCAUUACUCAAUAAACGAUACAAAAACCCUUUCUAAAGAACAAUAAAUAAAUACACAAGAAGGAGCUUAACGAGAGCAUUUGAAAUUGUAUAUUACAUUUAAUCUUUUUUAAAACCAAAAGCCAAACCAUACGUUUCCACGUGUAAAUUGCCAGGACAACAAAAUGAUAACAUUUGUAUGUAAAAGUAAGCAUAACCCUUUCGCCACAAAAGCAACAAAAAAAGAAACAAAAAUGUAGACAUAUUUUACAACAGAAAACAAACCAUUUGAGGGAACUGGUAAACAUAUUUUGUAAACCAUAAAACCUAGCUAAAGAUUAAAUAUUUUGUGGUUUUCGUUUGCCAAAAUAAAAGUUAUUAUGUA